AUGAAAUCAGGAGAAAGUGGGAAUCUGCUUCUUUUCUGCAUCCUUUACCUCAUCUGGAGCCCCGCUGGCGCCAGCGGAUGUGUGGAGCUUCUUAGUGAGAACAGUUUAGCCCUCCUCUGCCCAGCCUAUCGGUCCUCCCUGCCUCCUCCAAAUGCUGGCUCAAAAAAAUACACCAAAUUGCAGGUGGAAUCAGCCAAUUUCCCUCAUGGCCGUUCUUUCCUCUCGCGCCAAAAUUUCACUACCCUAAAGUCUCUCACCUAUCUCCGCAUCGUCUCUGCGGGACUGGACCACAUCAACUCCGACGCGUUCGCUGACCUCCGAGAUCUACAACAUCUAGAUCUCUCGAAAAAUCGGCUCACCUAUAUCGAACCAGGUACAUUUAAGGGCCUCAAACUAACGAAACUCAUCCUGUCUGAUAAUCCAGGUCUCCAGCUCCCAAAUGGUGUCUUCUCUGGAGCCUCAAUUAUCACUUUCGCUGCGAGGUCCUGCGGUCUGAAGUCACUGGCCUUCAAGCUGUUUGAGAAGACGAACACAAAGCACAUAAACGUAGCUAACAACCAUAUUCAGACACUCUCCUCGGAGUUCCUAUCUAUCAUCCAGUCACAGCAGGACUCAACAAAGGAACACGAUUGGGGUUCCAUUGAUUUGACUAAUAACAGUCUCAUUUGUGACUGUAAUCUCCUCUGGCUCUCACAGAUCAUGGAAACCCAGCGAAGAGUUUUUGAAGACCGAGUACUCUAUGGGGACGCAUCCACGCAGUUAGGCAACGGACCGCGUUCACUGCGAAACACUAGAACCACCCCACCUGUUGGUGAUGGUUCCAGCAUUGGUAACACCGAGGAGAAGGCCAGACCCAUGUACCAAAUGAACAUUACAUGCCACACACCUCGAUGGCUCGUAAAGCGCCGUUUCCCCUUGCCCAGCGAGUUUGACUGCCCCGCCCCGAGGGUCGUAGGCAUUGACAUAGCUAUGAUCGGAAGGGCUCUAAAUAUUGUUCAGCUGACAUGUCACGCUCGCGGUCGGCCAACGCCCAAUGUGGCUUGGGCCUUCAAGCAACACAACCAGGAAGUGCAUAGAAUUGUUAAUUCGCCCGAUAGGCGACAGAGUCCCUUAUCUUGGUCAUCAGCAUCCCCACCAUCUCCGGACCAGUUUGGCAGGGAAGGGACAAAAAGCAUAUCGAUUGGGUUAAACAUUAGCCUGAGCGAAUUUCGGACUCGUGAUUUCUCCUGCAUCACCUGGGCUGACUCGAACGUGGCGCCACCCUCUGGAACGCUCAGUAAACUACAGGAUGAGGUGUCGUUGGAGGAGGAGGAUUUCUCAGGUCAGCUACACGCCUUAUUAAAUCAUCCAUCGGCCUCAGUGCCACGAGCCGGUUCCCUAUCACUGGAUCGGUCACAUCAUGUGUUCGUACGCCUGCGAGGCCUUCAGGAGGAUCGCAGUCUCAUUGAGGGCCGAUUAUUCACACCAUCUGAGACGCCUAUCAACGGGAGCUUGAAUGAGUCCUCCGGAAACCAGGUUGCGACUGCCAUCGAAGCCGACCAAACUAAACUGAGUCCUUAUCAACAAUUGUUUGUCAAGCGCUUUACCCCCUUAGAUCUGAUAGGUGCCGUGUUUGGAACGUGUACAGCUACCCUCGCCCUUCUCUGUCUCAUAACACGAUUUAUUCCAUAUUGUUGUCUGACAAAACAAAACUCCAAGUCUCAGGCAAAGCACUACCUUCUGGGUCAAGCAGCUGGAGAAAAAGAGCAAAUAAGAGUGGUUGCUACUAAAGUAAACGUUGCUCCCGAUGGAACGGCUUACUGCCAGAAGUUCGACAGCGAUCGACAGCAUCAAGCCGGAAUCCUUACUUCCGAUGAAACUACGAAUGCCAGUAUGAGCUUACUUGAACACGGCAGACCGCGGGAUUCAGGGUCUCACUUAGUGCAGCUCGCAAACGGAGCCGUUGCCCCAAACUACUUCGACUCUGGCGCCUCCCUCACUCGGUACUGGCCGGCCCAAGAGUACGCAUACUCUCCGAACACUAGUCAUGAAUAUGAUGUCCCUGGAUCGGUGGACCCACUGGCUGGUGCCAUGCCCAUAUCCCCGCUCAAUAGCCAUGCCUUUGGGAAUAACUUUUCUCAGCAGGCGACUGUCACCUUGACUCGCAGGGACAACCAACAACACGAGGGCCGACCGCCCUCGGGCCUUCAAAUGAGAGUAACAGAUACACCAAACCUCCCCUCUCACAUGACUGUUUCCUCUACCGGAUUCAUGUUGCCACCGGUGGCAGCAGUACCACCACUAAUGACUCCGACAGUCCAUCAGACAGCCAUGCUUCUGGGUCAGUCAGCCUGCAGUUCACCCUUCAUACGCUAUCCUCAGAACCAGAGCCGAGCCCAAAGUCAGAUCCUUGGCGCCUCGCCCUAUCUAGGUAUGCCUGGCUAUCCCUUGACGCUGCGGCCGGUUCUACAGAAUGGGACGGUGAUGAUGACUCCAAGCCUAUCUCAUCAGUUCGCUGCUGCGAUUUACUCCCCGCAUCAGCCACAAGGUGCGUUAUACUCCAAGAACAGUACUGGGACACCGGAGGUCCUCCAGCCGCUUAGUGCUCCCACUAGCAACUCCACGACACCCCAGCAGAAAGGCGGUGCCCCGAAGGAGGAGACGGCCGCGGGCAGUAAGACAGACGAAGCGUCGGAUCAGUGUGGCGUUCUGAUGAAUAGACGCUGCCGUGCUGGAGCUGAGGUGGAAGCUGAAGGCGACUCCUCCGAGGAUAGCCAGGCACAGGCGGUUUGUCACUUUGUCGGAAAUCGGAGUAAAAAGGCCUCUGAAAAUCACCAAAGCAACGAUGACUGGCACAAAGAAUCAACCUCUAAGCAAACUGGCGGUGUCCCUCUGGCAGACUCAGAAUACUGA